AUGCGCAGUACAGAAUAUGUCGCGAACAACAUUGGCAUUUCAGGUUUUAAGUAUGUCUUGGGCUCGGAAAUAUCUAGACUGCGGAGAUUUGUAUGGCUCUCUAUCAUUCUUUUGGCGUUUGCGUGGAUGAUCUGGAACAUUCAGGGCCGUGUUAGCUACUUCCUGUCUCGACCUUCCGCCAUCACAACAGAAAUGAAGUUCAAGAACAAUAUGAUGUUCCCAAAAGUCACGAUAUGUAACCAAAACAUGUUCAGAUCCAGUAAAGUGUACAACGAGACGACCGGACCGCGGACGUCUGCCUCGUUGUACGAAGCAAUAGACCGGUACCUGCAGGUCAUACAAGACGACACUGGACACGAGUCUGCGAGACAGAAAGUCAGUGAGAAAUAUCGAGAACUUCUAUCACUUAAGAACGUCAAGGAGUUCUACAGACGAGUGGCUCAUCAAAAGAACUCGCUCAUUAACAGGUGUGUGCAUAAAGAUGGCGGAUUGGACCUGAUGCUGUUUGUUGAGCAGCAUGAAUACAUGCGGGGUCCUCAGACUUCAGUCGGGGCUCUUGUCGUUAUCACUGACCAAAAUGAAACCGAGACUUUAGCAAAGGAACAGGGCAUUGGGGUAAACGUCGGUCACUCUGUUUCUAUUGGUCUUCAAAAGAGUGAAAUAAUGAUCCAGCAGCAAUAG